AUGCUCAGCAUUCGAUCCCUCUCAGCACAUCUCGGCCAUCUCCCUCCGAGGACUGGCGUGUUUCGCGCACUUUCGCCACGAUCUUCUCCUCUACGCCAGAGCCUUGCGCAACGACGACAGCCACUUUCAACUCGCACAAGACCUACAUUAUCGCCCUCACAGCAGAUACGAUGGCGCGCGACGCGCUGGCAACAACCAUGCAAGCCUCGCCACAAUUCUGGAAAAAGCAGUCCACCCGCUGCACAAGAAGCCGGUAGCCAAGCGUCACUCUCCCUCUCCGGUCGUUUCAAAGAGCUGUCGCGAAAAUAUGGGUGGGCAGCGGUGGGAGUCUACUUUGGACUCUCUGUGCUCGACUUUCCCUUUUGUUUCCUCGCCGUGCAGUUGAUUGGCCCCGACCGGAUAGGAGAGGCCGAACACGCGGUCGUGGACUGGUUCUGGAAUACCGUGGGCGUCGUAUUCCCGAGCAUGCAGGCAGAGGAUAGAGCUCUGCAGGAUGCCGUUGUCGAAGCGGAGGGCAGAGAGGGAGUUGUUGGAAAGGCCGGGCAUCACAAAGAGAAUGCCAGUAUGUGCAUCUGGACCCAACUUCUCCUCGCAUACGGCGUCCACAAGUCCCUCAUCUUCUUCCGAGUGCCCCUCACGGCUGCCGUUACCCCCAAAGUCGUCAAGACGCUUCGAAGCUGGGGUUGGAACAUUGGAAGGGCGGAGAAGAAGAUCAAGGCCAAGGUGUGA